AUGUUUUUUUAGAAACUUAGGAUCUAUAACACGAAAGAAAAGUUGAUUGAGAGAAUAAUUCAGUAUAAAAAGGAAGAGGAGCUCAGAAGAAAUAGUCCAAUUAGAGAAAAAAUUAAAAGAACUAUAUCAACUUGUUAACCUUAACGAGCAGUCUUUAAUUGUAAUAAUAGAAUAUCAGUGUCUCCAAAGAUUUAAUGUAGUUUGGAUAUUGAAAAGAUAAGAAUGCCAUUCAGUGCGGAAAGAGAAGGCCAUCUGACUAGAGUGACAGAGAUUCCUGUUAGACAACAUUUGGUGACUCCUUCGCCUCCUCAAAAAAGCAUCCUCGACCAUCUGAAUGAGUAGGAGGAAGAAAAGAUGAUUAGAGAAUUGCUAGAUAAUUAUAAGCCAGAAUUAUUCGAUGACCUUAUGGAAAAUGAUGUUCAAGAAAUAGAGAGAUUUAAUGAAGACGCGCAUGCAAAUUCAAUGAAAUAAUUCUCUUAUUAAGAUUAUAGUCCUCAAAGAAUGAAUAUGAUAAAAAAGCAUUAACAUCAUCAUCAUAAAUCGAAUCCAUCUCGUAAUACCAAUAAUAACAAAUAUGAUUAACAACGAUAAUUAUAUUUGCAACAACUGGAAUACAAGGGUGACAUUUUUUAAGAACCAAAUACGGAUAGAGGAAGAUAUCUAAAAAAGUUCAGAUUGGCAAACAAAAAUUUGAACAAGGUUUGUUAGGAGGAUUAUAGAAAAGUCAUAAAGUCAUAAAAUAAGCUGGAAGAUUUUGCACAAUUCUACAAACAACCACCAAAUUUAUACAUGCAACUAAAUAAGACUUCGCAUCAAUAAUCUAUUUUUUAAAGCGGUUUAGGGUUAGUUCAAUAGUGCAACCAUAUCCAAAUUGCAAAUGCAUCUGGGUAAAUUAGAACCAAUUAAUAAGUGAAGGUUUUUUCUGAAGCAUUAAAGACAUCACAAUGUAAAACUUUGACUCAUUUAAAAUUGAGUCAUAAUAAACUUAAUUCAUUGAAGAUUCAAUAACUAACAAAGUCUUUUCCUUAACAUCUAUAAGAAUUAGAUUUGAUGAACAAUGGAUUGGAUUCUAAGGCUUGUCAAUUGUUAUCAAAAUAUAUUUAAAAGUCAGCAAUAAAGAAGGUGAAUCUUGAAAAUAAUAGAAUAGGUGAUUUGGGUAGCAAUGCAUUAUGUUUAGCAAUAUAGGAUCAUGAUUAUUUGCUCUAUUUAAAUUUAUCAAAGAAUAAUCUUACAGAACACUGUACGGUUGAACUUUCGAAUUAUCUAAAGAAAUCUUAGGUGUUAUUUGAAUUAUAUCUGCAUUUUAACUCAAUAAAUAGUGUGGGAGGAAUCAAUAUUUGGAAAGCAUUAUAUAAGAACUCUAGUGUGAAAGUUUUUGAUAUUUCUUAUAAUAGAACAGCUUCAUUAGAAUGUGCUUAAUGGAUGGCUAAAGUAAUUAUUAAAUAGUACCCAGAACUUAUGCACAUUGAUAUUUCUUAUAAUAAUUUUAAUGAAGAAUAAUCAAUUGAAAUCAAAAAAGCAUUAGAUCAAAAUUAGAAUAUUUAUGGAUUUCAUUAUCAGGGAAAUUGUCCAAAAUAUUCGGUUGAUUCUACAGGUCAUUUAAGAGACAGAAUUCAAGAAGAAAUUGAUAUUCAACGAAAAAUAGAAGAAUGUAAAAAGAAUCCUUAGACUACCCUAAAAUUAGUUGACGAUAAUGAACUUUAAUCUUUAGAAAUAGAAGAACCUAGAAACAAUAAUAAUUACAAUCAAUAAAAGUUAAGCAAUUUAAAGAGUGAUGCUGAAUUGCACAGAAACUUCAAAUUUAGAAGAAUUUAAGGUAUGAAACCAAUCAAGUAAAACUACGAAAAGGAUAGCGAAUUAGAUUCUUGUUGGAUAUGUGAUGGUUGGUAAGAAGUGAAAUUUACUUGGACUCCUGGAAAGUCAGGAGGAAUGAACAAUGAUCCUAUUUUUGUACAUCUAAACUUUGAGAGUUACAAACCUAUUCUAAUGACAUUGCAUAAUGGAGAAUAUUCUGCUUAUCGAAUGUGUCCUCCAAAUUAUAAGGUUACCUAUUUCUAUAGUAAUCCUGUCUUAGGAAUUCAAACAACAGCCAAAAAUUAAAUGAUCACUUAAACUCCCUCAGAUGAUCCAUUAUAUCAAACUAAAUAAUCAUUUUUAUAUAAUGGAAACAUUUUAAUUGAAGGUAACCGAAUGGGUUUUGUAAAUGAAAUGUACACCGAAGAUAAGUAAUCAAUAAUGGAUAGAUAUUUCGCAAAAAUCUUUAGUAAACCAAGAGAAGAGGAAAAGACUUUCGAUUUAACAAAAUUUCUGACAAAAAGAGAAAAAUAAUUUUGGAGUUAUGAACUUUCAAUAUUCAAAAAUUAUCAACCAGAUAAUGAAGAAGUUAUAGAUGAAUGCUUUGAAUAUGAUUAUGGAAGUUCAAAAAUCAACAAAAUUAUUAAGGAUCCUUUAGAGUAUAACGAAGUGAAAGAAAUAAUGAGAGAAUAUUAUCCAUACAUUUUUGCAUCUUAUAAGUUCUAUGCAUCCACACUUAUUGGAGCUACAAUUCCUUGCAUUUCAUCAAAUGCAUUUUUUGAUUUGAUUAAUUCGACUAGUGUAAUAUCAGAUAAAUACAGAACUGGGGAUGUCGAUUUGAAUUUCAUUUCCACUUCGAAUGUAAAAGAUACCAAUUAUCCAAAUGUAAAUGAGAAAGCAUUAGUUAGAUUUUAAUUGAUGGAGUUAUUGCUUAGAAUUGCUGUGGAUAAAUAUUUAAGAACAUAAAUAUGUAAAUCAGUCAAAGAGUGUUUGAGAAAACUAUUUGAUGAAGAUGGAGUCAGAUUAAAAUUGCUAGAGAUAGAUCGAAGCUAGGAUUGGAGAGAUAUGCGGUAUUGGAAUGAAUAAUGUGAUACUGUUUUAAAGGAUAGAUUACCUAUGUUAAAGAUGUUAUUCAAAUAUACAUCUAAAUUAAAUCCUAAAUAAAAAUAUUACAAACAUUUAUGGCUUCAAUUUAAAGACUUUAGAGAUUUGAUUAAUAAAUGUGAUUUAUAUUGUGAUAUCUUUGUUGAACGCGAUGCAUAUUUAGUAUUCUUAUUAUCCAUGUAAACUUCAGUGGAUGAACUGUACUUGCUUAAACAUAUUCAGAUGGAAUUCUAUGAAUUUUUAGAGGCACUGGCCAGAUGUGCUGAGAAGCUAUCUUUAAUCAGAACAUAAGAUUCAUUAAGUAUUGAUGAUAGAAGACAACAACCCUUAUUCAAGAAAUUAGAUGCUCUCAUCUACCUAAUCUAUGUGAGAUUAGGAGAGGGCAUCAAGACAUUUUUUAAAGAUUCAGAAGAUCUUUCGGAUUUCGAUAAGUGCAUGUAGAAAUAAUACGGAUAAGUUAUAAAAUAACCAAACCCUGAUGAGGAAGAGGAAGUAGAAAAACUGACACCCUAACAAGAAGAGAAGUUCCUUGAGGAAUAAUUAAAAGUUAUUGUAGUUCCACCUUAAAUUACAGUGGUUUCAUAAAACAAGAAAGCCACUGGAAUGACAUUUUUGUAAGUCAUUAAAUAGGCUUAACAAUAAAAACAGUUAAAGAACCUAUUCAAUUUGACCAAUGUAGUUCAAUACUUUAGACUAAAGGAAGAAGAAUAAUUAAAAUGA